AUAACAAUCAUGUAACUACUUAACAUUUAGUUAACUGAGGAAGAGGCUCAGUUCGUCGUAGGUUGUUCAGAAAACACCACAUUAACAAAGAACAAUGUCGACUAGACAAGUGCUGAUCGUCCUACUGACUUGCUUGGCUUUAGCGGUUCACGCGACUCUGGAUAUGGGAAAUCCAAGGGUCAGGACACCCAUAGGAAAAUUGAAGGGCUACUACAAAAAGUCACAGAAUAGCAGCAGGCAGUACGAAGCGUACGAAGGAAUACCUUACGCACUUCCACCGGUUGGGAAAAGACGAUUUCAGCCCCCUCGUGCAAUACCAGCAUGGAUUGGCGAGCUAUCGGCUACAGAAUUUGGAUCUAAAUGUCUGCAAUACAACCCAAUGAAGAAGGAUGGAUAUUCUACCACAGGAUCUGACGACUGCCUAUACUUAAAUAUUUAUGUACCAAUGAAAGAAAAGACAGCACCUAGGACACUUAUGCCAGUGAUCUUUUGGAUACAUGGUGGUUGCUUCCAAUUUGGAUCCGGCAGCGAUAUAACCAUGGGACAUCUCAUGGAUCACGACAUUAUAUUUGUCACCUUUAACUAUCGUUUGGGACCAUUGGGUUUCCUCAGCACGGAGGAUGAAGUAGUUCCCGGUAACAUGGGUUUAAAAGAUCAAAGUAUGGCAUUACACUGGGUAUCAGAUAAUAUCGAAUGGUUCGGCGGUGACCCACAAAAAGUGACUCUAAUCGGUACGAGUGCUGGCGCUGCAAGUGUGCAUUAUCAUUAUUUGUCGCCAAUGAGCGCGGGGCUUUUUCAAGGAGGUAUAUCGAUGAGUGGUACGGCAUUCGAUUCUUGGACGCAAACUGAAAAGCCUCUGGAAAAGGCCAAAAAAUUGGGCGAGUUGAUGGGAUGUCCUACAGUUAGUUCUACAGAGAUGAUACGCUGCUUGAGAUAUCGUCCGGCUAACGCGAUGCUAAGAGUUAUGUCUGAAUUUAUGCCGUUCGAAAUGAAUCCUUUCACUCCCUUCGGGCCAGUAGUUGAGAAAUCUGGCGAUAUACGCUUUAUCGAUAGAACACCUGUGGAAAUUGUAACCAGUGGGGACGUACAAGAUGUACCUUGGAUUACAAGUACAGUGAAGGAUGAAGGCCUUUUUCCUAUAUCACUGUUUAUCAAUAAGGUUGAUACUUUGAACGACUUGAACAACCAAUGGGAAACUAUCUGCCCGAUUUUAUUUGAUUUUAAGCACACUAUUCCCAGCGAGAAGCACGUCGAAAUCUGUCGUCUCAUCAAGGAACAUUAUUUCGGAACGGGAACAAUAAAUAUAGAAAACGUAAAACCACUGGUAGAAAUGGCGGGUGAUCGCUUCUUUAUAUACGACAGUGAAAAGGCCGCGAGAAUGCAAGCUGAAGUUAAUCAGAAUCCAGUCUGGUAUUACCGCUAUUCAUACAGAGGCGCGAACAGCUUGACUCGAAUAUUAAGCAACUCUGAUAAAAAUUACGGAGUCUGUCAUGGUGAUGAUGCUUUUACUAUAAUACUAACUCCAUGGAUAACUGCACUUACUACACAAGAUGAUAUUAAUAUGCAAAAACAUUUAAUUGAUAUAUGGAUAUCUUUUGUCACAAACGGAACACCAGCUGUUGCUGGUGUGGAAUGGCUCGAUGUAGACCCUUCAAAGAAGGAAUUUCAGUAUCUGCAUCUUGCUCACCCCGAUAAAAUAUACAUGGAUAGUAAUGCUAAUUUAGGGAAUAAAGAAUUCUGGAAUUCAAUUGACCUUGAUGAAAAUAAGCUACAUAAAACCACCUGCAUAAGAACGGAACUUUAGAUAAGAAACAAAUUUGUAUAUAAAAGUAUAUUAUUUUUAAACAUUCAUUAAUCUUUAUAAGGA